AUGGUGGCGGGUACGGUACGUAUUCCGGCUCUGCCGCAACAUGCCAUCGCUGCGGUCUCGGCACAUCUGCAGACGCAUCAUGAUGCACAGCCAGCGGGCAUGUGGCGCAUUCAGUUCCGGCCGUACCACUCAACGCUAGCCCCCUCAACGGGACCGAGACAUCGGCGCAUGAUGUGGGAGGUGACAGACGCGGCCUACCCACACCAUGUGUUCGUCGUGUUUGAAGAUACAUCGCAUCCCACGCGCGCUGAAAUGCACGGCACACGCACGGAGGGCGUGCCUCUGCGUCGGUGGCAUGCUCACGUACUCAGCGCCGAAUUUCAUACCAUGCUCCGCCAAUCGACAUUGCCCGGCCCAUUGGGCUCGUCUGCGGGCACGCUAGGGCCUGGUGCAUGGGCUCAGCGCGGUGCGCAGACCCUUCUGGACGGUGUAUCGUUCCGCGUGCGACUUGGCUCGUCAUCACCGGCGCGCCAGGAUGCUUCCAAGACCGCGGGCGAGCAGGAAGAAUGCAUCCUGAGUAUCGGUCAUGUCAUUGUGGGAGCAGGCCGCGUCGCUGGCGGUAUGGUCGAGAUCCAGUACCUUCCCCUCUCGCAUCUGCCACCCGACUCAACUCUCCUAGGCUCUCUUCUUGCCUCGCUGCUCCCCCCUGAUAUCGUGCCACUCCUUGUACCUAUAUCGACUAUGAAUCCCAUGGCUCUCCCUACCAUGAUACCGCCCAUCCAACUCGCCGAGAUUGUGCCGGCUAGUGGCUCCGCGAAAGCCGUGCCUGUUCCAGGUGCGCCAGGCUUUGGACCAUGGGACGACGACGACGACGGCCAGCACGCAGAGACAACCUUGGAUCCCAUCGGCUGGACAGGCAUCGAAAUGCGCAGGCGCAUGGCCUAUGUCCAUCUCAUCGUGCUGCGCGCCGAAGGCCUGGCCUAA